CAUCUCCAACCCUCCAACCAGUCUGCCCAUUUUAUCGUGACAUCUGAUGUCAACACGGCAUCUUGGUUCAGACAACUGUUUGUAUUUCAUAAGGAUGACUUGCUCAUCAGGCCUCUGCCUUAUUUUCAAGGGUGACCGUUUAACACAUUUAGAAGAAAGUGGAUUAGUUUUCCUCAUUUAUAUAUUUAAUUAACCUUUGUCUGACCAGGAAGUCCCCUGAGAAUACUGUACUGGUUUUUGAGGGAGACGUGGCCAAGAAGGCGUGCUACAACAGUCAGCACAUAUAAAACACCCUUUACACAGGGGCAAACAACUGAUUGUGUUCAGUCAGAGGCUUCUUCAGGAUUGCUACAGGACAGAAAGUUACAGGUCAUUCCUGCCUGCAGCCCUCCAGAACAAAAUCAUAAAUUAACCAUUAUAACCAUAAUUUAAAACAAAACUAAAUAAAACAAAACUAUAAUCCAACAUUAAAAUUUCCUUUCUGGGAUAUAUAAAGUUUUUUUUGUCCAUUUCAUUUAAUAUAUGCAGAUAUAAUUUAUAUGUACAGUAUAUGUAGGUGCAUGUGCUACAUGAUCACAGUAUUGUGUUUGCUUACUUUGCUCCUUCCCCUUCACAAGGAUAAAAAGGAAACACGCACACACUGAGUAUAAUCAAUGGGGAGUGGUUCUGGGAGGGAUGGCUUCAGCAGUUUGCCCGUCUGUGAUUCGCUGACAUACGCUCUAAUUGGAUCAAGUAGGAACUUGCUUAGCUGGAUGCUUUGUGCUGGGUUUGGGAGCAGCUUGCAGGGAGGAAGAAGGCAGAGUGGGAGGAGGCCCGCGGCUGCUGUGUUCACCACUUGGAGAGAAAAUAUUAAGAGAAGAGGAGUGAGAGAGGGAGAAAGGGGAGUAUCCAAUAUUCCCUGACCCUCUCAGCUAUACUGCAGCCCCCCUCCUCUCUCUGGAUCGCUUUCUUUCUCUUUCCCCUUACUCAUCUAUUUCUGUGGCUGCGCUGAUAGGAAGGACACCUGCCGCUCCCUGAUGAUUCAGCCUUUCAGCUUCUCGAGGCACUUUAGACAAGACAGCAUGUCCCUCCUGCCACUGCAGUGCUUGACCACCCUGUCCUUGACGAUACAGAUGCUGCAGCCGGCCCAUCACAUCGACGCCGCCUCUACUGUUUCUCCUGCCAAAGUGUUCAGAUAAUCUGACUUCUGAACAGUCCAAAGACUGUGUUUCUUGUGAAAAAAGCAUGUGUAAAGAACUCAUUUCCUUCGGAUGUUGUCUGCCUACAAAUCUCCUGGAUCCUUUUCCGGCUUUGACUCUUUAAAGACUUUUUUUUUUUUUAACCUUCUUGUGAAUCUCAUUCUGUAGCCUCAUGAUGGAGAACAAACUCAUAGACACUGGUGGCAGACAGCCGCUGUGUGAUGCUGUGUUUUAAUAGUUGAGGCGUUCAGGGACACUUCAUCCAGCAGCUGAAAAGGAUGACUGAGGGAAUGGAGGAUUUCUCUGCAGGGCCAGCUCCCUCAUCUGGAACAGCAUCCCCCACUUCUACUCUUGAUACGAGACCAGUCCCAGAGGAGAAACCAGAGGAGACAGAGGCAGCUGGUGAUGGUGAGGAAGAGGGCGUAAAGGGAAAUGCAGAGGGAGGUGCUGGUGGCAGUGAGGAGCAUGUGGGGGCUUUGGGGAUUGUGGCCUUGCCAGGGACCUGCUGUGUGUGCAUAGAGAUGGAACAGAUAAACCACUGCCUGCACUCUGAAAAAAUCUGCAUUCUCCCUAUCCUGGCCUGUCUUCUUAGCUUAGCACUCUGCACAGCUGGCCUCAAAUGGGUCUUUGUGGAUAGGAUCUUUGAGUACGAACCAUCCACUCAUUCAGACCCUAAACCCAUUGGACAGGAUCCAAUCAUUAUAUCGGUUGACCCCACGCUUGGAAUCACUGUCUCAAUCCCUCACUCAGCUCCCUCCACCGUCUCCCUAACCACCACCAUCGCUAUCACGCCGGGACAUCCGGAGGUUUUUGUUGAGGAGAAAUCUACUCGCGGGCCAUACGUGCCUCAGCCUCCACGAGUGACUUAUCCCUCCGUCACACUGAAAUACAAUGCUGAACGUCCUACGGCUCCAAAGCAGAACGUCCACCCACAGACGACACAGGAGUUCAAUAACAUCCUCCAAACUAUCUCUACUACCAGCACCUCCACUACAACAAAGACGUCCAGCCACAUAACGCAUUGCACUGACAGCCAGAAGAACUACUGUGUUAAUGGAGGGGAGUGCUUCACCCUUGAAGUCAUGCCAGGAAGUACAAAGUUUCUAUGCAGGUGUCCAAAUGAAUUUACUGGUGAUCGCUGCCAAAACUAUGUAAUGGCCAGCUUUUACAAAGCUGAGGAGCUGUAUCAAAAACGCAUUUUAACAAUAACAGGAAUCUGCAUUGCUCUCCUAGUCGUUGGAAUCAUGUGCGUGGUUGCCUACUGCAAAACAAAGAAGCAGAGGAAGAAGCUACAUGACCGCCUGAGGCAGAGCCAGCGGAAAAAUAGGAAAAGCAACACCGGCACUGGUGUCAAACAGGAAAGCUCUACCACAGAACGUCACAUCUCUAAUGUGCUUCUUCAGGAUUUGAAGCUCAGCAAAGCGUGUAAUGGGAUGAUGAUGCAGCAUGCAGCUGAAGACACAGAAACAACCUUCCCCACAAGCAAAUAUGCCUCUGCACAGGAUCCUACCACAUUCACCCACAUCUCCAGCCAAAGAAUUGUGUCUGCCACGAGAAGCCUGUCUCAGCUGUCUUCAGAGCCACAAACUGCUCCAACAUCUCCAGGUUCUCCUCCAUCAGAGAUACCAGCCACCCUGUCCAGCUUGGCAGUCUCUGUCCCGUCCGUGACUUUAAGCCUCUCUGGCGAGGAGGACCACCCCCUGCUGCUGUCAAACACACAUCGAAUGUCCUCAAGACAAGAUGAAAAGAAGAGGAGUUUUUCCCACUACAAUUACGGCCAUGUGGCAAAUAGCUUACCGCCUAGCCCAGCGCUUCCGCUGAAGAAUAAUAACUUCUGAAUUAUAGGUCACCAUGACUCCACAGCUGCCAGCCAUAGUUUCUCAUCAUUAACCAACCUGACAAUACCUGGACUCCAGUGGUGACAGUACGAUGCUGAGUAAGCCAAGGAGCCAGAACUAACCCAGCAUCACCAAAUUAUGACCUGAAACGUAAUAUGACAAAACAAAAUCCAACUGCUGUGCUAAAAGAAAGAAAAGAAAUAGCUUCAAAUCUUUAGAGCUGAGGGGAAAAAAGAAAAUCAUCACUAUUAAAAUGUUUCUUUCUACAAAUUAUUUGCAGUGUAAAGACUUUUAAAAAUAAUUGAAAAAGGAAACUUAUUUUAGUGAUGUAGUGAAUAAAGAGUUUUAUAAAAACAAAUGUACAAAUGUGGUUAUGUGUUGAAGCUAAAGUGCCAUACGCUAGUAUGUAGCAACAGUUCUCAGUAUGUUUCAGAGCAGAAAAUAUCAUCGGUGCCUUUCUGUUUAGUAAUGCUUAUUAAUGGGGAAAUAUCUUUGCACAUUGGACUAGUUAUCUUAUCCUAAUCUUUUCUAGGUGCAUGCUGUGAUAGAACGAUGAACGUGCUCUUUUAUUGUCAUUUAAAAGGCCACUUAGGAUGAGCUGUCCCACUGAGACUUAAAAAAAACCAUCAGUCUGCUUCAGCAAGGACUUUUAUUUAGUAAUAGAAAGUAAAUCAGCUCAUUACCUGCAUUGGAUGAGGUAGAGAAGAUAGAGAUGAUAUUGUUUUUACUGGUCACUGCACCUCAGCUUAGAUGAACUGCUAUCCCAGUAUCCCGCCACUGAGUGAAAAUCAUAGCUGUGAGAUAAAUGUGCAAUCACUAAAAUCUGCUUCUUAGGUGUUUCCAAUAUGCUCAGCAUAACAUACAGAUUCUCCUGUUUGAUUCUGACAUUUGGCAGAAAUGUGCUGGAAAGGUUUGUGUGUGAAUAUGUGCAACCUUUCUUCGUGGCUUUUUAACCGGUUACCCAGCCAGCUGCCAUGUAAGCGGUCCGGAAGAUCAAGCAGUGCACCCGUGUGUAACCUCAGCAUCCUGAUACGAGACACACAUUUCCCAGAAAAUCUCUGGUGGGUGCAGAGAAACAGAGUCCUGAGGUACAAGAAAAACUUCUUUGUAGUAUCUAUAACAGGAAAGUUUCAUUUAUUAACCCCCCCCCCCCAAAAAAAAGACAGAUAUUAGAGUGAAGAGCAGGAUUUCUGUAUGAUGGUCUUUAAAUGAAGCAUAUCUACAGUGUGUGGUCAAUGGAAAAAAAAAAAUGUAGAUAUUUCUGUCUUAAGAGUAUUAUGGGGUUUAAAGAAACUGCUUAAUGUGCACAUUAUGGUAAACUGCUUUGAUUCAUAACUACUACAUAAAAAACUACAUUUGUUCCAAUUUUUCAAGACUGUAUUCACUUCUGUUUAACUGCCCAAGUUUUUGUUCAAAUACACAGUCGCUGUAUAUAUGAUUACACAGAAGAAUCAGUAACAUUUGGUCUUCUAAUAUAAAGUCUAUUUAUAAAAAUCUGCUGAGGACUCACAUGUAGACAAUGUGAUAAAAAGAUUUUUGAGAAGAAAAUCAGAGUAGAAUCAGAGUAGAAUCAGUUAUUAACCAUGGUUUCUUAGAAUGUACGAAGGUAUAUAAAAUCACAAUCAGUCUUAAAUAUAAAUGGAGGAGCGACAGAUGAGUUGCCUCAUCAGUGGUUUAAUUAUGGCUACACAUCUGUACUUUAUAUAUCCUGUAAACUGAAUCAAUAAUUUCUUUUACACAAUUCAUUUACAGUUUUCAAACAUGGUUUCUAAUGCUGUAAGGCCUUUUCUUCACGUUAUUACUCAAAGGAAAAUAGUAAUUGCAAACUGCAUCACUUGUAGGACAUGCAGUGAAAUGCUUAUUGAUCAAGAAGUGUUUGAGAACAAUGUAAACACACCUUAGACCAGGGAUCACCAAAUCCAGACCUCUUGGGCCAGUGGCCUCAAGAUUUUCAUUGUGUCCCUGCUCCAAGACACCUGAUGGGCUCCAAUAGCCACGAAAUUUGAGUCAGGGGUGUUGGAGCAGGGCUCCUGCAGGACACUGGCGCAUAAGGUCUGGAUUUGGAAAUCCCUGCCUUAGGCCCUUCUCUGGGUUGUUUGUAAUAGAAAUCUGAAAAAGUUUUGUCUUUUUUGGUCUAGAAAUUGAAGCAUAGCAGGGUGAUGGAACACCUUGAGGGCUUGCUUAUUUGUGUUUAUUUGUUUUCUACAUUUAUUGGCCCCCUGUUUGACAGGGUAUGUCCCAUUUGUCGAAGAGUUUGAAAUAAAACACCAAUUAAUUUCAA